AUUUUGUCUGGUUUGAGGGGGAAAAACUAUUCUACUCGCUAAAGUUGCAGUUAUUCAAACCAAGGAUACCCAUUAAAAUUCUUGUAAAACCAAAAUUGCGUUUUCUGGUUAAUUUAAUUAACUCUGUGAAGAUAUAGUCCAUUUAAAUUAUUAGUACAGUCAACAGAAUAAAUAGGAGCAAUGUCAGGAGCUGCGAAUAGACGCUUACAAAAGGAAUUAGCAGAUAUGAGGGCCUCAGGUCUUAGAUCCUUUAGAGACAUAGAGGUUGACGAUCGAAAUAUCCUUAUCUGGUCUGGCUCAAUCUGUCCUGAUAAUCCACCAUACAGCAAAGGAGCAUUCCGGAUUGAAAUUAUAUUUCCUGCCGAGUAUCCCUUUAAACCACCCAAAAUUGCUUUUAAAACAAAGAUUUAUCAUCCAAAUAUUGACGAAAAAGGUCAAGUCUGUUUACCAAUCAUAUCCGCCGAGAAUUGGAAGCCAGCAACGAAAACUGACCAAGUCAUACAAGCAUUAGUAGCACUAGUAAAUGAGCCAGAGCCAGAACAUCCAUUAAGAGCAGAACUAGCAGAAGAAUAUCUAAAGGAUCGUAAAAAGUUUAUGAAAAAUGCUGAAGAAUUUACACGAAAACAUAGCGAGAAGCGACAUGAUUAAAGAUAUCAUGAUUUAAAUGCUUUUCAAUUCAGUUUUUUUU